UAUAAAGACGACUCAAGCUGACGGAUAGACCGGUUGUUAGCUUAAUCACUUGCCUGAAACACAAGAUUUUAGCUAGAAACUUUUAGGUUUAUGUAAACUUGUCGUUUUAAGUUAACUAAUUCCACCACUUAUUGCCGAAGUAAGGAAAGAGGAACGAUGUUUGCAUUGAAGAAAUCAGUUGUUUCAAUGUCAAGGGCAAUGCCAGCAAGAUGCAAGCACACACUACCCCAGUUGCCUUAUGCCUAUGAUGCACUGCAUCCGAUAAUCUCCAAAGAGAUCAUGGAGAUUCAUCACACCAAGCACCACAAUACCUAUGUAGCUAAUCUAAACGCAGCAGAGGAACAAUUGCAGGAUGCUAUAUCCAAAAAUGACACCACUAAAAUCAUCCAACUGCAGCCUGCCCUCAGGUUUAAUGGAGGUGGUCACAUCAAUCAUUCAAUUUUCUGGCAGAAUCUGUCCCCAAAUGGCGGGAAACCUAGUGAUGAACUACACAAGGCGAUUGAAGCAUCGUUUGGCUCUUUUGAUGCUUUUAAAACAAAACUGUCCACCCAGACAACAGCUAUCCAAGGUUCAGGUUGGGGCUGGCUGGGCUACAACGCAGGGAGUGGACGGCUGGAGAUUGCAGCGUGUGCCAACCAAGAUCCUCUACAGGCAACCACAGGCUUGAUUCCUCUGUUUGGAAUUGACGUUUGGGAACAUGCUUAUUACCUGCAAUACAAGAAUGUGCGAGCAGACUAUGUCAAAGCAAUAUUUGACAUCAUCAACUGGGCAGAUGUUUCCAAGAGGUUUGCUGAUGCCAAGAAGUAAUGGAACGAUCUCAGUAUAGGCCUUCAAGCACCCACUUUAUAUUCUGUGAUUUUAUCAUGUUAUAAGUCAAUAAAAUAAUUUUCAUGUUCUAA